UAGUAGUGCUAAGGAAAGGGCCGAAGAAAAGCGGCAACAAGGAAACCACUUUUAGCUAAGCUUCUGAACUGUAUGGCCAGCCGCCAACUGCUCGCUCUGUAGAGGAUUGGCUCCCUCUCCUUUUCUCCUCCCUUCGUGAUACGCACACAUCUAGGCAAGAGCACGGAGCAAGGAGAACGUAGAGAAAAACAGGAAAAGUAUAGUUUUCUUCGGUGCUUUAGCUGACAGCCAGCAAACAACUAGCUGAUAGUUAUUAUACAACUUAAAAAUGUCUUAUGUUGUUUGGUUCCGAACCGUUAUGUUUUGCUGCGAGGAAACGUAAAUGAUUAGUUUUCCACUUAAAGGCAGACUAUAAAGGGUUUUAUCCUUUUUGUGUUAGCUGCCGUUAAAGGUUCGAGUUGGACAAACCUGUUGUUCCCAGUUGUGGGGUAACGAGGUUAAGUCGAGGGAAAGUGAGAGGAGCGGUUGGGUUUGGGCUGUACCUUCACUGGUUAUCCACGUCCCGUGCUCUUGUGCGUGCCAUCUUUUUUCCGCGCGAAGUCAUCAAGGAUGCCAGCAUGCCCUCUCUGUUAGUAUUGCAUGUCCUUAUCUGGCUGGGCGCCCAAAGAUUGGCCCUCGGAGCCGAGCGCACUUCAACUCGGGAGCGUUUUAAAGUGGUCAUCGCUCCUGUGAUCUGCAAGAGGAUAUGUCUUAAAGGGCAGUGCCAGGACACCUGCGAGCAGGGCAACAACACCACGCUCAUUAGCGAGAACGGACAGUCCGCGGACACGCUCACAGGACCCGGCUUCAGAGUGGUGGUUUGCCCGCUCACCUGUAUGAACGGAGGAGUGUGCAGCUCACGCACUCAGUGUCUGUGCCCUCCUGGCUUCACGGGUCGGCUGUGCCAGUUUCGCCUGCGCCAGAUGCCUGAAGCCCAGGGGGCACAGGACAACAAGCAGCACGUCUACACCGUGCAGGUGGUGCCUGAUGCUCCGAGCCUGGGCGACAACACAGGCCGGCAACAGAUGGCACAAACCCACUCUGUCUUCACUCUGCCCCUGGCGCAAGGGGGCGGGCAUCACUCCUCAGAAGUGCAGUUUAAAGUACGUGUCCACCACAGCUCAGACACCUCUGUUGUCAUCCACUCCCUGGACCAGAGUAGAUCAGAUGUCAAGCGACCCACCAAGCCUUUGCCCCGCCUGGUGCACCCAACGCACAAACCCAGGGGGCGGUGCUUUCAGGAGACCACGUCCAAACAGGAUUGUAGCAGUAACCCCCUCCCUGGAUUGACCAAUCAAGAGGAUUGCUGUGGCAGCGUGGGAAAUUCCUGGGGGCAGAACAAAUGCUACAAGUGCCCCCCUGUGUUGCCCUACCCUGGACCCCAAAAACUCCAAAACAUCAUUGAGGACCGUGGCUCUACCUGCCCACAUGGCUAUAAGAGACUGAACAGAACCCAUUGCCAAGACAUCAACGAGUGCACGAUGCAGGGCGUGUGUCAGCACGGAGAGUGCCUGAACACGCAGGGCAGUUUCCUGUGUGCUUGCAAGCCCGGCUACGUCCUGGACAGGACAAGAUGCGUGGUAGAGCCCCUGGUGGAGCUGGGGCUCUGCUUUCGCAUGAUGACGAGGGCGGGGCAGUGUGAGCACGCCCUGCCCACCGAGCUCUCUCAGGAGAUGUGCUGCUGCACCGUGGGCAGGGCCUGGGGCAGCAGGUGUGAAAGGUGUCCCCAGGAUGGCACAGCCUCUUUUAGCAAGAUUUGUCCUGCAGGGAAGGGCUACUCCUUCCAGAGUUACAGAGGAACCCUGUCAUUCCCGCCCCAGAUCCUGCAGAUCCUCCCAAACCGGGAACCGCGACCCCAGAUCCCCAAGACUGAAAAGGGAAAGCGGCAGCAAGAAGCCAAGUUCCCAGUGCCCCGGAGAGAGGUUCCUGUGGAGGCGACCACCCCCAUGCAGAUCUCCACCCUCAGCAGCCAUGGGCCCCGGAUCCCUAAAAUCAUAGCCAAACCGACUCCACCUCCCAUAGUGAGGCUCUACCCAGAAAGAGGCGCCUUUGAAGUGGCACAGACACAGGUCACACAGACGGACGAAUGCAGACCGGACAGGAACAUCUGUGGCCAUGGGGAGUGCAUCAGCGGGCUCACUGGGUUCAGCUGCCGCUGCAAUGCAGGGUAUCGACUCCAUGCCCAGAGGAAGAGCUGCGUGGACGAGGAUGAAUGUGAUUCCGACCCCUGUGGCCCAGGGAGAGGCUCUUGCAUCAACACCAUGGGCUCCUAUAGGUGCCGAUGUCUCCACGGCUACAAGCUCAUGGUCCACAAAGGAAAGCUCAAGUGUAUUGAUGUGAAUGAGUGUUCCAAGCCCCACACAUGUGGGGAGGGAGGGCGCUGCGUCAAUUUCCCUGGCUCUUACAAGUGCGACUGCUUCACGGGCUACAAGAGCAAGUCCCCUCGACAGCCGUUCUGUGAGGACAUUGAUGAGUGCCGGGACCCCAACGCCUGUCCUAACGAACAGUGUGAGAACACGCCUGGCUCGUACGACUGCGUGCCGUGCAUGCCCGGCCACGAGGUCCGAGGGGGGGUCUGUUACGAUAUCGAUGAAUGCCAGAACAGAGACGUGUGCCUCAAUGGACGGUGUGAGAAUUUGAGAGGCACCUACCGCUGCCUGUGCAAUGAAGGCUUCCUGCACGAGUCUGACAGCCAGGGCUGCAGAGACAUUGACGAGUGCGAAGACCACAGGUUGUGUGCCAACGGGCGCUGCCUCAACACGGAGGGGUCCUUCAUUUGUCAGUGCUACCCAGGGUACAAGCCCACCAAGGAAGGGAGCCACUGUGAAGAUAUAAAUGAGUGUGAGCGACCAGCAAACUGCCAGAGGGGGCACUGUAUCAAUACAAUGGGAUCCUAUCGGUGUGAGUGCCAGAAGGGCUUCAUGCUGGUCAACGGGAGGCGAUGCCAAGAUAUUGACGAGUGUGCCAGGGACAGAGGUCUCUGCCAGCCCCACGGAGUGUGUGAGAACAAGCCGGGCACGUACAUCUGCGUCUGCAACGAGGGCUUUGCCAGCACCCAGGACAAGCGCAGCUGUGAGGCAGAGAUUGAGGUGUAUGUGGACGAAAAGAAGGAGUGCUACCUGAACCUGGAUGACACGGUGUUCUGCGACAGUGUGCUGGCCACCAACAUUACCAAGCAGGAGUGCUGCUGCUCCAUUGGCGUGGGCUGGGGGGACCACUGUGAAAUUUACCCCUGUCCCGUCUACCACUCAGUGGAGUUCCACUCUCUGUGUCCCAUUGGGAAAGGGUUUUACCACCAGGAAGGUGUAACCGAGUAUGGCCUGGCAGUUCACCGUGAUAUUGAUGAGUGCGUGCUCUUUUCCAAUGAGAUCUGCAAGGAGGGCCGGUGCAUGAACACCCAGCCUGGAUAUGAGUGCUACUGCCAGCAGGGCUUCUACUACGACAGCAACCUGCUGGAGUGCAUCGAUGUUGACGAAUGCCACGAUGAGUCGCUGUGUGACAACGGGCGAUGCAUCAAUACCCGAGGGUCCUUCUACUGCUCAUGCAACUCCCCCUGGGCCCCUGACGCCUCCAAAAAGAAAUGUGUGAUCCCCACUGUCUCGGGUGUGGACGAGUGUCAGGACCCCUCCAACUGUAAGAACGGGCACUGUGUGGACACCUCAGAGUCCUUCUACUGCAUCUGCUCCCCACCCUUUAUCCUUGCCACUGAUCGCAACAGCUGUGUCACGCCAGAGGAACAGGCAGAUGUGAACGAGUGCCAGGACCCUUCGUACUGUAAGAACGGGAGGUGUGUUAACACACCUGGCUCCUUCCACUGUAUCUGCGCUCAGCCGCUCACCUUCAGCGCUGCUCUGAAGCAGUGCGUCUACGACGACCGCACGGCUGCUCACAGGGACGUGUGUUUCCUGGAGGUAGAUGAGGGCCUGAUCUGCACCAUGCCCCGGAAGGACAUUGUGGUCACAUACUCUCAGUGCUGCUGCCACUACGGGCGUGGUUGGGGGCCUGAAUGUCGCACCUGUCCAGAAAGGAACUCAGCGAUCUUCAACCGUCUGUGUCAGAUGCACUUGGAAACAGAGUCUGACGGUGAGGGCGAUUCCUUGGCAGCUUUCGCCCACUACAAUCCAGCAGGGGACAGCUCAGAAGAAGACUCAGAUGAGUGCAGCUGUGCGAAUGGCCGCUGUGUGCGGUCCUACCUGGGCACCAUGUGCGAGUGCAACCCAGGAUUCCGGAUGGACCACUCUCGCACCCGCUGCGUAGAUAUUGAUGAGUGCGGCGAACCUGGCAUCCGGGUGAAUUCCUGCAAGAAUGCCCGCUGUGUCAACACCAUGGGCUCCUUCAAGUGCCUCUGCAAAGUUGGCUUCGCUCCAGCGCGGCGGACGAACAUGUGUGUGCGCACGAAGACCCGAUAACAGCGCCUCCUCCUCGCCCCCGCCGCGGGCCCCCGGAUCACAGAUGCUCACGAGCACACAGCCCUCCUUCACCAUCCCUGCCGAGCAGCCCGGUCUCAGUCUCGCUCUUUCUUUUUGCUUCUUCUGCUUCACGGGGUGAAACCAACUUGACCACAGUUGAGGACGUGUCAUUUUUAGUUUUGAACUGAACUGAUAUGGCACGUUUGCCUUUUUCCUUUGCUUCUUCAAAUUGUUUUUUUUAAUUUUUUAUCUCAAAUACUUUUUGUUGUCAUAUUUCUUCCCCGAUUAGAUGUGGAUACGUGCUGAUACAGACACACUUACAGUGGCUGUGUUUGUAGUUAUGGCUUCUCUGCAAUGAGGUUUUCAUUGGAAACACAGUGUUAAUAAUGCUCGCUACUUCUGAUAGUGGAAACACCACUGCUGGCUCACUCCCCAUAGCCCACAAUGCCUGUUCUGCACUGUCACCACUCUCUCCCUCGUCUCCUAAGACAGAUGGUUUGGCAUCUCUCCAACAGUAAUAAUAGAUGACUCUGUUUAUUUUUACUUCUUGGGGAGAUUUUGUACCCCCCCAGGCUUCUUUCCAAAGCAAAGUUAUCAUUUAAAUCUAAAUUAGCAAUUUGAUUUGGAGAAGUAGUCAUUUCUUCUCAAAUGAUUCACCCUUGUCGUAAACUGAUGAGGAGCAACGCUAAGCUGAAAUGUAGACAGGCGCACCCUUUCCUCUGUCACACAUUUUUGGAGCGCUUUUUGUCUGCUCUCAAGCCUUGUUUUUUCCAGGGGAGUGAGAUUUAUGCCCGUGUUUUUACCUUUCUGCUACAUUAAUGAGUGGUAUGUUCUUGACUUUUGAAGCAGUGUCACACAUGCUGUUUGAAAACCUUGGCACUUCACAGAAACCAAAUUACAAGGUAUCAUCUGAACUGAAGAUAGGAAAGAAAUCUUGAAGACAUUUUUGUUUGUCUUUGUUCUUUCAUUAUAUUAUUAUUUUUAUUAUUAUUGUUAUUUGUAUUAUUAUUAUUAUUAUUAUUAUUUCAUUGUUUUAAUUGAGAGUUAGAUUUGCACUUUCUGUUCCACUUGUAAUUCUUGAGUUUGUCUCUCUGGAGUUCCACUGUAUAUUGUCUUCCUCUGGCUUUGGGUCUCCUUAUAUCUCUGUUUUGAGCGGACCAAUCAUGGACCAGAAGGUCUACUGUCUUUUUGUGGCAUAUGAGACCAAAAGUUGAAAUUCCUGGAUCUGGUUCAGUUGUCCAAAGCUUGGUCAUGGUGUUUCUCAGGUACCUGAGUUUUAGGCUUUUUAGUUGGGACCACUAAUCCAAAUCCAUCAGGUAAAAUUAGAAUGUAAAUUUAACUCAAGGUCAUCGUGUGUAAAUUUUUUCAAGGUCAAAGUAUGAUUUUAAAAAAUGGUGCCUCAAGGAAUUAAAACCAGUUCAAUUCAUCAAGUGCAGAAUGCAAGGCAAUGAUCAGCUCGGCUGGAGACAUUAUCAGUCGACAGAUUCCACCUUCAGAGAAAUGGCUGAUAACUGAUCCGUACAGAAAUGGAUCGGCUGUCAAAAGACUGUGGAAGCUUUUCCGCUGUGUGUAACAGGAACAUGACUCGGACCCCAAGACAAGGUAGCAGGGAGCUUUGAUGAUAAAAAAAAAUAAUAAAAAUGAAUGAAGUUUG